AUGGUUAUUGAUCUGCUGCUGAAGAAUUUAAUGCAUAUGGAUGGUGGCAUUCCAAGAGGAUGGUCAUGGAAGUUCGUCGAAAAUCAAGGUGUUCGAUUCGAAAAGGAUGAUUUACAAGGAGAAGGUGGACCAGUUUUUCAAGUCGGCGUUCCAAUUAUGAGACAGUUGUACGAUUCUGAAGACGAGAAUGUCAAAGUUCGAGCCUUAGUGGGUCUGUGCAAAUGUGCUGCCGCUGGUGGUGACGACGCCUCGCGAGCCACAAUGAAGGAAGGCGCAUCGCUGAAACUUGCACACACUUGCAAAAAGUUCUUACUGGAUUAUGAAAAGUACAGCACGGAUGUCAGACGAUUUGCAUGUGAAGGUCUUUCCUAUCUUUCUCUUGAUGCUGACGUCAAGGAAUGGAUUGUCGCGGAUUCGCUUCUACUUCGGGCUCUAUUUUGCCUGGCUCAGGCAGCUGGAGCUCUUUGUGUGUACGUUUAG